AUGUCAAGUGUUAAACGUAAAAUCGGUCAAGAAGGACGUAUUUUUCAAGAAAAAUGGGGCUAUGCAUAUUUUUUUACCAGUUGUAAUUCUGUUCCUAUAUGUUUAAUAUGUAAACAAAGUGUAUCAGUCAUCAAAGAGUAUAACAUUAAAAGACAUUACGACACUAAUCAUGAAAAAAUUGCUCGUGCUUCAAAACCGUUUAGUGAUGGCGAGUUCAUUAAAGAGUGUAUUGUUAGUGCGGUGGAAGUUAUAUGUCCCGAAAAAAAACAAGCAUUUUUAAAUAUAAGUUUAAGUGGAAAUACUAUUGCUCAAAGAAUUGAAGAAAUGGCAAGUAAUGUUAAACAACAAUUACAUGAAAAAAGUAAGAAUUUUUUAAAUUUUUCUAUUGCUAUUGAUGAAAGUACCGAUAUUACAAAUACAGCACAGUUGGCUAUUUUUAUCCGUGGAGUUUUUGAUAAUUUUGAUGUAACAGAAGAGCUCUUAGAUUUAAUUCCUAUGACUGACACUACAACAGGAAGUGAUUUAUAUAAUUGUGUGGAGAAAUGUCUUAAUGAAUUAGAAGUAGAUUGGAAAACAUUUUCAAGUAUAACUACUGAUGGUGCUCCCGCAAUGUUAGGUGUAAAAGCGGGAUUGGUUUCUAGACUAAAAUCAAAAGCCUUGACUUAUGGUGUAGAAUUGAAAAGUUUUCACUGCAUCAUUCACCAAGAAUCCUUAUGUUCGAAAAAAUUGAAAAUGGAACAUGUUAUGAAUAUAGUCAUUAAAACUGUUAAUUGGAUUAGAUCUCAUGCAUUGAAUAAUAGACAAUUUAGUGCACUACUUGAGGAAAUGGAUGCUCAGUAUGGUUGUUUGAUAUAUCAUAGUGAAGUAUCUACAGAAAACAAUGAUGGAAAAAAAUUUAUUUCACAUAUUUUAUUACUAAAAGACGAAUUUCAGUGUAGAUUUGUAGAUUUCCAAAAGUAUAAAGACGAUUUUUUACUUUUUAGUGAGCCAUUUUCCAUAAAUGUUGAAAAUGUAAGGGAAGAUCUCCAACUAGAAUUAAUAGAUUUGCAAUGUAAUACUAAUUUAAAAACAAAAUUUGAAACUGUUGGAAUUCCUGAAUUGUUUAAAUACCUUGAAAACAAUUAUCCAAAACUGCAAAAACAUUUUUGUUACAUAUUAUCCAUGUUUGGUAGCACGUAUGUAUGUGAACAAUUAUUUUCCCUCAUGAAGUUGAAUAAAUCAAAAAGCCGCAAUCAAAUUUCCAAUUUAAAAUUGCAAUCUGUUCUACAUUUGGCAUCCAGAAGUUCUUGUGCAAAUAUAGACAGUUUGGUACAAAAUAAGAGAUGUCAAGUAUCAAGUGCAGCUCGAAAAUAA